ACCGUCCGCUUCAAGAACGAGCUCGAGCGCAACAUCACCAUCAAGCUCGGGUACGCCAACGCCAAGAUCUACCAGUGCGUCGACCCAGAGUGCCCGCGGCCGGGCAACUUCCUCUCGCGCGGCUCCUCGACGGAGGACGUUGUGACCGUCGGCAAGUGGACGUACGAGCUGAAGCGUCCCUGCGACCUUCUCGGAGAGGCCGUCCUCCAGCCUGCGGUGUUCAGCGGCGCCGCCGUGAUGGACGCGGCGCUGCUGCUCAUCGCCGGCAACGAGCCGUGCCCGCAGCCGCAGACGUCCGAGCACCUCGCCGCGGUCGAGAUCAUGAAGCUCGAGCACAUCAUUAUCCUGCAAAACAAGAUCGACCUCGUCAAGGAGGCGAGCGAUCUCCCCGACAUCUCCCCAC